AAGUUGACCGACGUGUGGGUCAUCACUAGUGUGUCCGGCAUCUGAUCUAGUUAAUACCGAAAUCUACAUGGGCGAUGGAGUUAAGUUAAGAAUCUCUUUGUCGAUAUGUAGCCUAAACAAGCGGAGUUUGUCUAAAAUUUGAAUAAACAACCCGUUUUUCUGUCUGUGGAUGACGACCUGCUCCCCGACCCGUCUACGCUAACCUACAGGUGUAGGUGAUGGAGAACGGCAUGGAGGCGGGCAGCGCGGGGGAGGAUGUGGAGGCGCAGUGGGAGCGGGUGGAGAGUAACCGCUACAUCCUGAGCCGCUACAUCUCCCCAGGGAAGCUGACGCCGUACCUGCGCCAGUGCAAGGUCCUGGACGAGCAGGACGAGGACGAGGUGCUGAACUCUCUGCUGCUGGUCAGCAAGGUCAACCGCACAGGUCGUCUGCUGGACAUCCUCCACACUAAAGGUGAGCGUGGCUACGUGGUCUUCCUGGAGAGUCUGGAGUUCUACUACCCUGACCUGUACAAGCUGGUCACCGGCAAAGACCCAACACGUCGCUUCUCUACCAUCGUAGUGGAGGAGGGCCAUGAGGGCUUGACUCAGUUCCUGAUGAACGAGGUGAUCAAGCUGCAGCAGCAGGCCAAGGCUAAAGACGUGCAGCGCGUCGACCUGAUCGGAAAACAGCGCACCCUGGAGGACGACUACAAAAAGCUCAAUCUGGCCAACCAGGAACUGCAGGCAUUCCAGCAGAGAUACAACAAGAUGAAGGAAGAGAGGAACAACUACAACGACGAGCUGCUGCGGGUGAAGGAAGAGAACUACAAGCUGGCCAUGAGGUACGCCACACUCAGCGAGGAUAAGAACAUGGCUGUAAUGAGGAGCAGAGACCUGCAGCUGGAGAUUGAUCAGCUGAAGCACAGGCUGAACAAGGUGGAAGAGGAGUGUAAGAUGGAGCGACGGCAGAGUCUCAAACUGAAGAAUGACAUCGAGAAUCGGCCCAAGAAAGAACAGAUCUUUGAGCUGGAGCGGGAAAACGAGGUCCUGAAGAUCAAAGUUCAGGAGCUACAGUCCAUCAUACAGCCAGGGCCUUUGCCUGCUUCCGACAAGGCGAUCCUGGACAUUCUGGAGCACGACAGACAGGAGGCGCUGGAGGACCGACAGUACCUGGUGAACCGCCUCUACAACCUCCAAGAAGAAGUCAGGCAGGCGGAGGAACUGAGGGACAAGUAUCUGGAGGAGAAGGAGGAUCUUGAACUUAAGAAUUCAACGCUACAGAAAGAUUGUGAGAUGUACCGUAACCGCAUGAACACCAUCACCAUCCAGCUGGAGGAGGUGGAGAAGGAGAGGGAUCAGGCCUUCCGGUCCCGGGAUGAGGCCCAGCACCAGUUCUCCCAGUGUCUGAUGGACAAGGAUAAGUACCGGAAGCAUAUCCGAGAGCUGGAGGAGAAGAGUGACGAGCUGCACAUCGAGAUUGUACGCAAGGAGGCCAAGAUCGUCACUCUGGAGUCCCGCCUGAGGCGCCUGUCCAAAGACAAUACACUGACUCUAGAUCAGAGUCUUCCGAGGGACACCCGCCCGCCCGUCCUGGACGAGGGGCCCAGGCCGCAGGGUCACUCUGAGGCCUCCAGCGACGAGUCUCCUGAGAGCUUCUUCCAGCAGACAGAGAGUCGCCUCAAACGCAGACUCAACCUGAAAGGAGGGCUGAACAGGGUCAAGUCUCCAGUCUCUGCCCUGAAGGCCCCGGACCUUCAGCAGAGCUCUGAGGGAAACGCUGGAGCAGUAACAGGCGGAGAUGGAGAUUCGCCCGUCCAGGGGGUUGCAAGCACGAACACCUUCCCCGCCCUGGUCACCGGCUCCCCCUCACAAGCCUUCCCCUCCUCCCCCACCUACCUGCCCUCCCCCUCCCCCUCUCCCUCCCCCUGCCCCUGCCCCUCCCCCUCCCCCUCCUCUCUUCCUGCCAUGCUGCGUUACCGUAACGACAGCAUGAUGUCCAUCGUUGCCGAGCCACCAGGAACCGCAUCAAUGGUCCGCAGAACACGGGAAGAGGAACAUGACUUCAGACCUCGCAGUUUCAGCCACUAUGAUUUUGAGGACGACAACGCGGACAACGAGUUUGAUGAGGAGGUGACACACGGCCCCCCCUCCAUCCACUCCUCCUCCUCCUCACACCAGUCUGAGGGGAUGGACUCCUACGACCUGGAACAGGUCAACAACAUCUUCAGGAAGCUCUCUCUGGAUAGGCCCUUCCGUCCUUCUCUCUCCUCUCUCUCCAGGACAAGCUCAUCACUGAAGCCGGUACAGGAGCUCUCGUUGCCAGGAGACCAUGUGCUGAAUGACAUCACACUGGUGGGCGGGAACGACAGUGGAAUCUUUGUGUCGUCUGUCCAAUCAGGGUCCAGAGCUGAAAAGGCGGGGCUACGUGAAGGCCACCAUCUACUGCUGCUUGAGGGGUGUAUCCGAGGGGAGAACCAGAGCAUUUCAUUGGACACCUGCACCAAGGAGGAAGCCCAUUGGACGCUGCAACGUUGCAGUGGAUCAAUGCAGCUGCAUUACAGAGUCAACUAUGAUGGUAUGGUGGUCACCACUAACCCACCAGCCUCUGAACCAUCAUCCCUCCAGCUGAUUUUCCAUUAUCCUAGUUCCUGUUUGUGUGUGUGCAUGCAUGCGUGCAUGUGUGUGUGUGUUUGCAUGCGUGCAUGUGUGUGUGUGUGUGUGCGUCCAGGUUACUGGCAGCUCCAGAAUGACAUCAGUGAGGGUACUGUCGUGUCUGGAGACUCAUUCUACAUCCGCUUUAACCUGAACGUGUCCGGCCAAUCAGAGGGCUGCUCUCUGAGCGUGCUCUGUGACGAGGUUUUGCAUGUGGUGGACACCAUGCACCAGGGUCACAGUGAGUGGCUGUGUGCCAGAGUCGACCCCUACACCGGGACAGACCUGCCCGAGGGAGGAACCAUCCCCUGUUACUCACGGGCCCAGCAGCUACUCCUGGUCAAGAUUCAGAAGUUGGUUUGUCGAAGCGGGAAAGAGGACAGCGAAAUCCAGCGCAAUAUUAGGACGUCCCUGCUGCCAGAAGAACCCAGCCCCUCCCAAGACACCAAGUCCAGCCCUCGCUUGUCCAGGGCCGGCCUGUUCAUCACCCAGAUAAUACAGUUUGUCAGCAGAGUAGACAACAAGUACAAGCGUAUGAACAGCAGUGAGCGUGUGAGGAUUGUCAACUCAGGAAAUGCAACCCUGCCUCGACCCGGGUUUGAGACUCUGCGACCGGAGGACCUGGGGGACCCUGAGAGUGACGUGAGCCGGAGCCUGAGUCUGGUGCCGUACAGCCUGGUCACCCCGCAGCACGUGCAGAGGAGACGGCCCGUGCUGUUCAGCCCGAGCACCCUGGCCAAGACCCUCAUCCAGAAGAUACUGAACAUGGGGGGAGCCAUGGACUUCAACAUCUGCAAACCAGACACCCUGACCAGGGAAGGGUUCCUGAGGAAGCAGAGUGUUGAGCCCAUCAUCCACUCCAGAGAGAAACAGGCCAAUAUGUAUGAGUGCAUCACCCCAGAAAACAUUGAGGCUGUUGCUUCAAAGGGUAAACACUGCCUGUUUGAAGCAGACCUCAGCUGUGUCAAAGACCUUCUGAGGAGAGAAAUCUACCCCAUCAUCAUCUACAUUAAGAUAUGUGAGAAGAACAUCAGAAGGCUACGGAAGCUGCCUCUGCGGGUGGAGUCGGAGGAAGACUUUGUGCGAGUGUGUCGGUCGAAGGAGAAGGAGCUGGAGAGAGUCCCCUGCCUGUAUGCUAGUGUGGAGCCUGAGGCCUGGGCAGGGCCAGAGGACCUGCUCAGGAUCAUUAAAGACAGAAUUCUGGAGGAACAGAGAAAGACUGUCUGGGUGGAACAGGAUCUGCUGUAGCAGAGACACACACAGACUGGCAGUUGUUCCACGGCCAUAUACACACAUGUGCAUGCAUGCAUGCAAAACUUGUACAUACACACUCACCCACAGGAACACGCACGACAGAGACAAAGACAAGCACCAUUUCUCGCUUGCUAUGUGCGCACAAAAACACAAACCUGAACCGACAAACUGUAGAGUGUGUUACUAUUUCUGUAUGCUACCAAUAAACAGCUUGCAAAAAAUG